CUAUUUUUUAUUUCUGGGCUUAAUUUGGUAAAAUUAGGGGAUCUUUGGACGCUGUUAUCUCGAUUUUAGGCCGCAGGAUGUCGGCCGGCCCGGCCAUCAAGCAGCUGGUGCACGGACUGCUGCGGGAGCUGCACUCUCCUGCCAGCCGCCACGGCGUGCUGGGCAUUUACCGAGCGCACGUGAUGGACACGGCCCGACGGUUUCGGGUGACUGGCGAGGAGCACUGCCGCGCGCGGGACGAGCUGGCCCACCUGGGCGCCCUCUACCACAGCUAUCUGUCGAGCCGGCGGCGGCACCAGCUGCUGCUGCAGACCUACAAGGGCGGCGGCGAGCGCACCACGGCAGACACGGCCGCCAUGGUCGGCUUCAAACUGCCGCACGAUCCGCGCUGAGAGAGAGAGAGAGAGUAUACCUAACACACACCGCGCGCCCGCCCGAGUCCAUAGGCUGUGCUAGUUACCGUCGCCGCUACCGCUCUGUUGUGAACGUGAAUUGAAUAGAAUGUCCACCUUAUGCUUCAUUGUUUUUCUUUAGUUUUCAUUUGCUAUUGAUUGGAUUAUUUGCUGAAUCAUCGCACAAAUAUCUAACUCUUGGAGAGUUACUGAAGUAAGACUACGACGGCGUCAUGUGGAUUUGUCCGAAUAGGACUGUUUACGCGACAGGUUAUGUUAAAACGCCGCGGCAGGUAUAAAUUCUGUGUAUGAGCUCUGUUGGUAUGCAGGGUGAGCCAUAAAGAUUUACCCAUCGAAAAUUUAAUUUUGUUUCAAGGCGCGCUGACAUAGCUAUGUCAUCUUUUACAUACAUAUAACAUGUAUGAAUUAGACUGGACCACAGCAUACGACUGCGAAGUGAACUGAGAGAGCACUGGCUAGGGGACUGUGGCAUGGCGUUAACGCGGCAUUAAGGCCACCCUCUGGUCAUCCUUAUUGUCACACUGAACUGUUAUCUCUUGGGAGAAACCCUGGCCAGUGCCCCAUAUGUUUGUAUUGUGGUCGGCGGCCAACCGGCCCGGAAAACAGGGAGCAUACGCAGUGGGAGGGGAUUCCUGAAGAUAUGCGGUGUUGGGCCGGCCUGUCAAAACUUUGCUGGUACGGCAAAUGUGUUAGCUACGCUGGGAGUUAAUCGAUCAUGCCAAGGCCAAAUGGCCAGGGUAUUGAUUUAGUUGGAUGUAGUCAUCACUCAUCAGUGCCAGCACGAGCAGCUGAUGUCCUAUGUUUUGAUAACAUUAAUGUAAAUGUGGUCACAGUUGAGUGUUUAGGUCGGACAGCCCCGCGCCGGACGUUUAUCAAUCGCUGGUAUGUACACCGGGCGCUCGGCCCGGUAAACCCGGCUCGGGAAAUUUCGAGAACAGGCUCAUUGGAGCGAGCGUUCGACAUAUCUAUCCCAGAAACCUUCUGCCGUUCCGAACGAUUCGAAUGUGGCCUAGCCUGAACGCGCGCACUGAUAAAAGGUCGCGGGGUAUCCCCGUCGGAAGCCUGAGAGCCGAACACGUGGGAAGGGAGACGGGGUCAUCAAAUGUAAACAAACAGCAGGUCAUUGGUCGCAGUAUAUGCGGGAAACAGGCGAUUGUGCUUUGUCGGGAACGCUGGUUUGAGGACAUACUGGAAGUGGAACAAUUUUCGCACGGACCCGUGCCAUUUGCCAAUGUUUGGGCCCCGCCCAGUAGCAGUGGUGAUGUUUUGUUUUGGAGACCUGCGGCGCUCCGACGAUGACGGCUGACGCUCGAUGACGCACCAUACAUCCGGGACUUUGCUGACGACGCCGGCGGCGACCAAUCGGCGGGCUCCACGGCGGCCGGCGCUGGCGGCGUUGACGUCAGCGGCCGGCCGACCAAUCGGAGAGCGACACGCCGGUGUUGCGCCAGCCGCCGCUCGGCCGCAGUGUGACCGCAGGCUCCGGGAGCGCAGGUCGGCCGCCGCGGCAUGGUGCAGAGGAGUAGAGAGCGGACAGUCGAGAGGCGGAGCAGAGGGGUCAGUCCACUGUGAGCCUGCGCAGCGCGGGCAGCUAGCGUCAUGACAACAAAGAUCAUCAUCACGCCGGCCAACCACGGUGUCUCGAAGGCGUCGGCGCUGGCCGGCGCGCCGCGCACGGUCCGGGUGGUGACGGUGGGCUCGCCGCCGUCGUCGGCCGGCCGCGGCCCGCAGACCCGGGUGCUGCAGGCCACGCCGACCACCACCGUGUCGCCGGCCGUUGUGCGGACCGUGCUGAAGCGGGUGUACACCAGCAGACCGGCGGAGAAUGCCGUCACCACCACCACCACCACCCCGGCGCUGUCGGGGAUCAUGCCGAGCCCGCCGAAGAAACGGCAGAGGCUCGACCACCUCACCGCCGACCAGAAAAACCAGAGGAGAAAACUGAAGAACCGAGUAGCAGCUCAGACGGCCCGGGACCGUAAGAAGCUGCAGAUGGACCUGCUGGAGAGCAGAGUCACCAGUCUGGAGCGUCAGAACGACAAGCUACUCCAACAAAACGCCUUCCUGCAGAAGCAGAACGAGCUGCUGAGCCAGCAGAACGCGCUGCUACUGCAGCGGCUGGAACCGGCCGGCGCGGCCGCCCCCACCCCCGCCUCCGUUGAGUCUGCAGCACUCAUUAGUGGCCCUCAGCAGAAGGGACAGGAGUCGGGGAGGGCGGUGGCGGCGCUGCUGGCUCUCAGCCUGCUCAGCUGGGCAGGCUUCCAGGUGGCACUGGCAGCGACAGUGACCAACACGCUGAUCUGCUCGAGCUCAUCAGUCGCUCGAUAUUCGGCGGCGAAGAGCCGGCGCGAGGGGACGCGUCCGCCGCCGGCGCUGCUCUGGUGGGGACCGCAGCAGAAGAGCUGGAGCCCAGCCAUGAUACGGUGACCGAGGACCCGGCGCAGGCGCUGCUCGCACUGCUCGAGGAGUCCGACUCGCCCGACUCGCCCGACUCUCCGGCGAGCAGCUCGGACGGCGCCGUGCCCGGCUCGCCGCGCGUCCCCUCGCCCACCGAGUCGCUCGAACUGGACGUGAAACCCCACAUGGACGACCUCUGCAAGAUGGAGGACCAACACUCCCCGACACCCUGGUCCAUCUUCGACGACGAGCCCCUCGACGCUCAGCUGGACGACCAGCUUCUGCUGUUCCCCCAGUUGGUGUUGUAGAUAUAGAAUUGAUUUAUUUAUCCUUGUUCAUAUGAUGCGACGUUACUUUGAAAAUAUUAUAACCGAGCUGGGUGUAAAGGAAAUAUUCCCUGCCGUACAUAUUUACGACAGCGUUCCUUGUGAAGUGACCUGACUGUCGGUUUUGGCUGUAAAUGUUCGGGCCCUGGGGCGAGUCCGGGCUGACCAAUACAUGAGAAUGUGCACAA